AUGUCGACUCAAGCAAUUACCAACAUCGAUAUCCAAGGCAAGCUGCCCAAAGUCGCCUCUGGAAAAGUGCGCGAUCUAUACGCAAUCGACGAUGACACACUGUUGUUCGUCGCCAGCGACCGUAUAUCAGCCUACGACGUGAUCAUGGAGAAUGGCAUCCCCGGAAAAGGCGCCCUCCUAACCGCCAUGUCAAUCUACUGGUUCCACUAUCUCCCCACCAAAGUCCCCGGCCUAAAAACCCAUUUCCUCUCCCAGGACCUCCCCCCCGCAAUCCAGGACCAAAGUUACCUCAAGGACCGCAGCAUGCAAGUCCGCCGUCUGCGCAUCCUCCCCAUUGAGUCCAUAGUCCGCGGCUACAUCACCGGAUCGGGUUGGUCCGAGUACACCAAAUCCGGAACCGUCAACGGGAUCAGCAUGCCCAAGGGACUAAUCGAAGGCCAGAAGCUACCAGAACCACUGUGGACACCGAGUACCAAGGCGGAAGUAGGCGGUAAAGAUGAGAAUAUUAGUCCCGAGGAAGCUAGACGCCUGAUUGGCGAUGACAAGACUGCGAAGCGUGUUGAGGAGCUUUCACUGGCCAUCUACAGUGCUGCUGCAGACCGCGCAGAGGAGGUUGGUAUUGUCCUCGCUGACACCAAAUUUGAGUUUGGCGUUGAUGGUAUGGGUGAGGUGGUGCUUGUUGACGAGGUUUUGACGCCGGAUAGCUCGAGGUUUUGGCCAAAAGAGUCGUGGGAGAAGAAUCUAGGAAAGGCGCAACCUAGCUACGAUAAGCAGUUCUUGAGGGAUUGGCUAACAAGUAACGGGUUGAAGGGCAAGGAGGGCGUCGCAGUGCCGGCGGAUAUUGUGGAGAAGACUGCGGCGAAGUACAAGGAGGCUUGUGAGAAGCUUACAGGGAAGAGUGCGUAA